GCCUCUUUGCAGUCAUGCCGCGGGUGACCACCAUCCAAGAGCAAGAAGGUGGAGGGUAAGCCGUCCUUUGCCCGGCAGGAGAACCAUGGCUCAGACCGAGAGGAGAAAAGAGAAGGCUUAAAGAGAGAGAGAGAGAGAGAGAGAGAGAGAGAGAGAGUGGAAGAGGACUCAAGAAGAUGAGUUUCCCCAAGGAAGAUGGGGUGAGCGGCUUGUGCCACAAAGCUCUGCAGAUCAUCUCCGAGCUGUGCCUGGGAGGCCAAGUGGAACUGGAGAAAUGUUCGGGCAUUUUUCCUCUGGAGACCUCCAGCCAAGACAUCUCUGUCAGCCUGCUCGCAGUUGUCGUCAGCUUCUGUGGGCUCGCCUUGUUGCUAGUCUCACUCUUCGUCUUCUGGAAGUUGUGUUGGCCAUGCUGGAGAAGCAAACCCACCACUUCAGACACAACAACAAACAUCCCUCAGAGCACCACCAGCGUUCCCCCUGAGUUUUUGGAAACCAACGAGAAAAAGGAAACUGUUAAAGAAAAUGGGAAGCCCUCAACAAAUAUCCUGGAAGCAGCAAUGAAAAUCAGCCACACUUCCCCUGACAUUCCAGCAGAAGUCCAAAAUGCUUUAAAAGAACAUCUCAUCAAACAUGCUCGAAUGCAAAGGCAGAUUACAGAACCUACAUCUUCAUCCAGGCACAACUCUUUCAGGAGACAUUUGCCAAGGCAAAUGCAGGUGUCUAGCAUUGAUUUUAACAUGGGUCCAGAACCAGUUUUACAAAGAGGGGAGACAACAACCAGCAUUGGACGGAUAAAACCUGAGCUUUACAAGCAAAAGUCUGUGGAUUCUGAAGGCAAGAAAGAGGAUGUGAAAACCUGUGGAAAACUCAACUUUACCCUCAAAUAUGAUUAUGAAAACGAACUGCUUUUGGUCACCAUCAUUAAAGCUUUGGAGUUACCAGCUAAAGACUUUACGGGAACUUCAGAUCCGUAUGUGAAAAUCUACCUUCUUCCAGACAGGAAAAAAAAGUUUCAGACACGGGUUCAUAGGAAGACUUUAAACCCUGUCUUUAAUGAAACCUUUCAGUUUCCUGUGGCCUAUGAUCAACUUUGCAACAGGAAGCUACAUUUCAGCGUGUAUGAUUUUGACAGGUUUUCUAGACAUGAUAUGAUUGGGGAAGUUAUUCUUGAUAACUUUUUUGAAGUUUCUGAUCUAUCUAGAGAGGCUACAGUAUGGAAAGACAUCCAUUGUUCCACUACAGAAAGCAUUGACCUGGGAGAAAUCAUGUUUUCCCUUUGCUACUUGCCGACAGCAGGGAGGAUGACCCUCACAGUCAUCAAAUGCCGAAAUCUCAAAGCAAUGGAUAUUACUGGUUCAUCAGAUCCCUAUGUCAAGGUAUCUCUGAUGUGUGACGGUCGACGCCUGAAAAAAAGGAAAACAACCACAAAGAGGAACACUCUCAACCCAGUGUACAGUGAAGCUAUAGUUUUUGACAUUCCUCCUGAAAACGUGGAACAAGUCAGCCUCUCCAUUGCAGUCAUGGAUUAUGACCGAGUAGGGCACAAUGAAGUGAUUGGAGUAUGUAGGACUGGACUGGAUGCAGAAGGACUUGGAAGAGACCACUGGAAUGAAAUGCUGGCAUAUCCACGCAAACCAAUAACUCACUGGCAUCCGUUAGUAGAGUUGCCAGGCCGAGCAACCAGCUUUGACAGUCAAGGAUCCUGUUCAUCACCAAAACCACCACUCACACCCUAGACUGAACAGCGGUGUAACAUUCGCACCAUAACCAUAUACAACUGGAGGUUUGGGUCUAAUUCAUGACCUGCAUCAUCAUCAUCAUUUUUAUCUGCUGUGCCUCUAGAGUAUCAUGUCACUGUUUCUUAUCCUUUAUUUCCAGUUGUGUUUUAUUAGCGGACAGAAUUCUGUCUUUUCUAUAUGUAUGGAUCAGGUAUUUAAAAGUAUAUUCAGGCACAUUUAUAAGGUUUGGAGAUCCAUGUCACAAUGCCCCAAAUUACAUCUAUUUGAUACUUCCUUUUAAAAAGUAUUUCAGUUAUGACAAUGUUUAUAUACCACAAAGGCCAAGGUAGGCGAAUCCUUGAUAUAUAGAAUGGAGCCGGUUUUCUGAUGUACGUUGAUACUAAAGUUUUAAAAUGUUCACGGGUUUACUUGGAAUAUUUAAAUAAAUAAGCAAAGUCAGUAGACAGAGGAAACGCAAUCACUCACUAAUAUUGCAAAAAAGUAAAGGAAGGAAGCCUUAGAAUGCUGGAUAAAAUCAAAGUCCUGAUAUUCACAGGAAGUUUUUUUUUCUUGCCAGAUUCACAGGCAUAAAUAUCAUAUUACAAGGAAUUUCAGGACAGGGAGCAAAUGUGGUUUAUUUCUUUUGGUUUUGUUUUUUUGUUUUUUGUUUUGUUUUUAAUAGGUACUAAAGCUGUUUUCUUCAUAAAUUUUACUCCCCAGCUUCUAGUUACAAAUAAAUAUUAAAAUACAAACUCCAAAAAGGGAAAAAUGCAAAAACAAAAUAAAACUAAACAAGACUACACAAAAUAGUGCAGAAAAAGAAAAAAACAAAACAGACAUAUACAUAAAUUGUCCCCUCAAGCUGAAUACAGAUAACAAUAAUAGCUCCUGCCCACCUUGCGAAGCAGGCACACAAUUUACGAAUUUCUACAACAAUGCUUAUCCAACCCACUAAGACUGACAUAUUUCUGCUAUAUAUAAAAAUAGUUAACAGUUAAAACCAACAGCUACUGUAAAUUAAACUUCAUAAUCCUCUGUUAACAGUCAAUUUAUUAUAUUUCACUAACUCCUCCCACUUUUCCAUUCACAAUUUCAAAAAUCAUUCUCAUUUCUGUCCAAAUGUUGACCAAAUGUCUAUAAAGAGUUUCCAGAAUUUUAGAAAAAUACUUAUUUUAGUCCUUCUUUUUUCAGCUUCUAACAAUCUUAAUCUUUCAUUCAUCAAGUUGCU